AUGGCGGAAAGCGAAGAGGAUGCGUCUGUAUUAAACUAUUAUGGAUCAUCACUUUUCCAAAGCGAAGAAAGUCAGAUGGCGAUGGAUUCAUCGCUUGAAGAGUCAGAUGAAUCUAGCGAGGUAAAUGUCUGCUUUUUCGUAUGAAUAUUUGAAACUAAUUGGCAAAAUAGACAACAACUUUAUACUGAUAAAUAUGAUUUGUAUAUUUUACAGUCGAUCGCCCCACCUGCAGUGAAUUGCUCAUGUAAAUCACAGUGUAUGCGCAAACUGAAAACCGCUGCAAGUGGGAAAAUAACUGGCUGUGUUUGUAAAGGCAACGGAGUUUUGUGUGGAGAGAACUGCUCUUGUGGUACCAAUAGUAAACCAUGUCAGAAUAAGGUAAGGUACUUGUGCAGCUGUGCCUUUCAUGACUAUAUUUUAUAUAGAGAAAACAAUUAUUUUCUUCUUGCUGUAGGCACAACCUCGGAGUCAAACAGGCAGAGAGACAGUAGCGCCACAAAGCGAAACAAAUGAGCAGAGUGAAGUGUCAGUCGAGGUAAUUUGCAUGGUAUUUGCAAUUAUCGCGUUCCGAAUAUUUUAAUAUGUUUUGAGGAAGAUGAAUCAACUAUAAACUGAAACAAGCCAUAGGGUGUAGACUAUGUAACCAUUACAAUGUGGGUGCAAUAAAGAGUUUCCAUGUGUUUCUUUGAUGGAGUUUAUAUUGCCCUUUCAGGGCUUUCAGAAUUAUUCAGAGUAGGUGUCUGUUUUGAUAAAGUAGGUGGCUGUGGGGAUAUAAAAAAAGAAUUGAAAGCUUACUAAAACCUUGUGACACCUUCUGGUUAUUUUGAAAGCCCUGCCCGUUUAAGUUUUUAUAAUUAUUUGCUCUACCAUCUGUUAUUUAGGAAAUGAUUGAUGGGUUGGACAGAGAGACCCUAGUAAAAGUGGCAAAGGAGGGUUUUAUGUCUCGACCACUAGUGUUAAAAGACUUGAUCACCAAAGUUACAGCAGGUCCAGAGGAACUCCAACAAUCAAGCGAGACAUCUGAGAUACCGUUCUGUGUUUGUGGGUAUUGCCGUGAGAUGCCAACAGACAAAGAGAGGGUAUGCUGUAAAGAAAGGCGACUGUGCCGCAGUACAACAUUGGCAUUCCAAAACAUUUGCCUAGAUUCCGAUAAUUUGGCAACUGUCAUAAGGAGUCUAGCAGAUACAUAUGUAUUUACUCCAACAUAUGACAAUCGGGCAAUGAGUUGUCCAGCCUACAGACAAUAUGUUAUGUGGAUACAUGGUCAUUUGGGUAAGGGUAAUCGGAAAGUCAUUCCCUCAUGCUGUGUAUGGAAAAUAAGAAAACAUUACCCAUCACCUGAUGGUCGGUACACUGGAUUCAAGGAGAGAUAA